CGUCUAUAACCGUGCGCGUCACCACGCAUGGUGACCCACAGCCUCGUGGAUGUGCACUCGGCGGACGGCCGCCGGGCCGCGACACACUUUGUGCUAUCGCAGUUGCACGGUGCGCGCGGGGUGACGAUCCCCGACACGGCGCUGUUGGACGACGAAGGCGUCCUCGUCGAAUGGCUCUUUUGCUCGCACAAGUCGUCGUUGAUCCAGCGAAAGAAGCCGAUUCAAAACACAAAUUUGCUCUUGUUUGAGCUCAAACUCCAGGAACUGGCCGACGCGUCGGGCGACGUCCACGUCGCCGUCGUCUGCGAGGACACCUUGCGCCUCUUGGACGAGACGCAGCUGGACACGUACGUUCGGUCGCUGUGCGCGCGGGAGGCCGACAUGUUUGCCCCGGUGGCGCGGUUGCCCGGCCCGCGCCAAUUUAACGACGGCGCGUACUGCCUCCAGGCGUACACCGUGCCCCACGACGGGCUUCGCUAUUUCGCCGAGCUACACGCCGAGGGCGAGACCCGCCGAGCAAAAAUCGCGGGUGGCAUCUCGAUUACGGCGGCCCCCUACGCGUCGUCGCUGGACAAUAGCACCGUACUGACCCAAGCGACGACACCCGAGAUCGAGUCGACGCUCCAGGCGGUGACGAUGCAGGUGUUUUCACACCUGCAACAAACAGUUCAAGUCGAAGCCAUGCGCCUCGAAUUUGUGUUUUCAGUUGCGUCGACUGCCAAGCGCAUCACGUCGCCCGUGCUGCUGGGCGCCCACUUUAUCCAGUACGCCCGCCGAGAGACAAGCGCCACCGAUGCAAGCGACCAAGCGCCGGUCGAGCGCCCAAAUGCGACCACCGGCAGCCGUCGCGCGUCCACCGGCAGUCGCUUGACGCCAGCACCCGACCAGCUCGAGGGCGACGACAACGCACCGAUCGGCGACAGCGCCAAUGGACACGUGUGUCGGUUCUGCCGCCGACCGCGCGAGGCAGAGCUGAGCUUGGAGCUCGCCAAGACGCAGGCGACGCUGCGGCAUACGAUUGGCAAGUUGCAAGCGCGGGAGCGAACACUCGACCAGGGCCGUGUGGAAGCCGCCGCCAUGCAGCAAAAGCUUCGUGACCUCGACAUUACGGUCACCGAGCUGCACAACCAGCUCAAGCGGGAAGGUGCGCAGUCGAAGUUUGCGCUCCAGCAACUCACCGACCUCCUCGCCGAGUCGGAGCGACAGCACCAAAAGGUGCAAGCAAGCCUCGAGCUCGAAGAGAGCGCACGGACCCGCGUCGAAGGUUGCGUCAAAGAGCUCGAGGCCAAGCUCACGCAGCUCCACCAAACCGCCGACGCCCACCAAAAGCUAGCCGCCAUCGAGCUCAAACGGGCGCAGACCGACGCUGAGAGCCACCUGCGCAGCGCCACUGCGUUGCGCACAGCGCUCACCAAGAUGACCAAAGAGCGCGAUGAUUGUCUCUCGUUUCGAGCAUACCUCUUCCGGCGGCUUGCCGACACGUCGCAACCGGGGGUUGAGCCGCCCAAGCGCGUCGCCGGUGGCUUUUGGUCGUACCCGACGCCGUCGCCCGAGAACGUCGCCGAGGUCGUCCGUGUCCUCGUCGACUCGCAGCGCAGCGCCAAGGCCAAGUCGACCAAGUCCCUCCACGAGUAA